CACAUGUCUGAACUGUUCUGGAAGAGCCUGCUUGUCGUGGCGAUCGCCAUUGCCUCUGCGUUGCUUACUGAAGCAAUCACCUACUUUCUCCUCUAUCGCGAUGAACAGUAUCAGACAAGGAAGCGCGAGCUCGAGCGUGCUGCCCAGCAAGUGGUCGCUAUGAAGGAGUUUGGAUCGGAUCAACGCAGCCUUGAAAAGAAGGAGGAGAUUGUCAAAAAGCUCGGCCGCGACUUUGCCACGUCCAAGAUGCGAAGCUCGUUCGCCCUCAUGUUUGUCUUUAUCGGCCUCAUGUGGCUGUGGAAUCGCGUGUUUGAUCAAACCGUCAUGGCCAAGCUCCCGUUCGAGCCCAUCUCGUUCAUCCAGGGAUUGACCCACCGCGGACUCGAAGGCACCGACUUCACCGACUGCUCGUUUGUCUUUCUGUACGGUUUGUGCUCGACCAGCAUUCGCCCGCACAUCCAAAAGCUUCUCGGCUUUGAUACUUCCCGUGCAGCAGCUGCCUAUUCGGGUGGCAUGUUUACUCCUCCGCAGCAAAAGUAACAAACGCCAAAAUUGCAACAACCAAACAAACGUUUGCACAACAAAAAGUGUGAUUUCAUAAAAAUACAAUGUGUUUCCUUUGUGA